CAGCUGUCCCGUUGUAUAAUUUUUGAUGUGAGGAAAUGGCAUGCGCCAGAAAAUUACUUUUCCGCGUUUUCCUAAAUAACUCCUUGACGGCGAACCGCACCAUUACCAUGUCAGCUGCACGCCGCGCCGAGGAGGCCAUCGAUAAGCUGAAGGAGGAGAAUCCCUACUACUCUAAGUACGCGGGCAAGAUUGCCAAGUUGCAGCAGACGUCGGCGGAGGAGUUUUUGGAUCGCGUGGAACGUGUGGUGAAUCCCAUCAAGGAUGGCAAAAGUCAAGCUAGGACUUACUCCGAGCUGCUCAGUCCCAAGCAAAAUCUACAAGCUGAGCAGGCGGCUGAAAUACCCCACAAGAAGCUCACCGACAUAAUGAAGCUAGAUCUAAUUGCCGACAAAAGCGCCGAGGAGGUCUCGCAGAUCUGGCUGGAAUACCAUAAGACAAAGGAAGUCUUGGCAGCCACUUUAUCCACCACUCAGUACGAAAACCUGAUGUCGCGAGCUAAGAAACAUCCCGUCUUUUUGUUGCCACUGCCCCGCAGUGAGGGCUUCGAGUUCGUUAUGUUGCAAUUCGCUGCCAACGCCGUGCACUUUACCCCGCUUCUGGCUUAUCAAGUUCACCACGAGAACGCUCCCGAGUGUCUCACUCUCGUCCACUAUACUGAUGUUAAGGACAAGGGAGUAGUCCUGAUGCGCGGAGAAUACGACACUAAGGUCCUAACAGCCCAGGAGGCUCAAUGCCUGGCUAAUGAGCUCCAAAUGUUCUACCUAAAACCUGACGAGGGAAAAUUGAAACUGUUGGAAACCUUUACCCGCAAACCUGACGAAUUCAAGCACAUGGAUCUGAUCAAGGAAGUAGAGAACAUACAAUUGGUCUAAGCCUUGCGAUUGAAGUCAAAAUAAAACAUUCAAAGCA